CACCCUAUAAGUUGUUGAUGUUUUCAUUUAGCAAAAAAAAAAAAACAUUGGAGAAGCGUGCAAAACUCUUCAAUAUUGUAAAAAAAUUAAGAUUAAAAUACUAGUUAUUAUUUAACUAAAAUAACGUUUGUAAAUGGCAGAAGAUUUCAGUUAUUAUGUGUACAUCUCGCUUACGCUGAUUCCUGUGUAUUUGGCCUUUAAACUGAUUCAGUGGAUGGGAUGGGAACUUUUCGUAAAUAACUGAACGACUCAACAUCCGGAAAGUAAUUUGUGCUCAGUGCAGUGCAAGGAUCAAGCAAACAACUUGUGCCAUUCCAUUUUGAGAGAUAGAACAAUGUGAUAAAUAAAUUAUUAUUGAAUGUUUAAA